GGGCGCUGUCCGAGAGCACAAGACAUUGAAAAUGCGAAGUGGACUAGCUUUAUAUUAGGGCACUCAGAAGGAAAGGUACUGAGGAUGUGAAAAUACAGCUUUUGAGAGACAGCUACCCAAGAGAAGUCUGUCAGCCAGGAGAUCGUAGCACUUAAUACAAAUAGCAGCAAUAAAUAAUUGAUUAGCAGCUGAUCAACAGAAACAGCUGGUCAGCGAAGAUAAAAAAAAAACUGCAACUAUAUAGAAUUCUAUACUAACUGAUAAGCCCUCUCAAUGUGGAACUAAAGACCAUAUAAGAAAGAGAUACUUUUAAUGAAAUUGAUAACUCAUUCGCAAUGGGUAAUGUAUAUCUGUGAAUAAUUUAGAAAAGGUAGACUAUCUCAAAAUAUGUUCUUUUAACAAAACUCAAAUAUCUCUUGGCUAGUGACUUUUUACAUCAAAGCCAAAGGACAAGGUAGGAGGAAAUAUUUGGAAGUUGUACCCUAUCUAUUUAAGGAAGCACUAUACAAAUUAGUCUUGCUUUCAUUAUAGGAAAUUCUGUUUUACAUUUCGCCAAAAAGGAAAAGUCUGGAUUACAUUAUCAAAAAUAAGUUCACUGGUUAAUUUUAAACAAGAUAACAAAAUAUUCACUGCCAAGAAAAGUCUGGGCACCUCUACCACUUUAAAGACCAGGCUGGGACGCCCACUUGCAAGCAAAGCUUACCAGCUCAUCUUUAAAAUAAGCCUAAAGACCCUGGCAACGGUGGGGACCAAAGAAGCAGGCAUAAACCACUGGAUAUUGGGGUCGCCUGGAUAGUGCAGGCCCAGAGACUUGGGGCCCCUGUGGCCCUUAGGAAUUAAGUAUAUUAUUGUUUGACAUCUUCUUUGGACAUGGCAAAGUGGUUUAAAGAGCUCCCUUUGACACUCAAGAAUGUUUCAGACAGAGCUAAACCGGGUCCUCCAGGGUCCAAAACACUUCCUAAAGUUGUAGCCUCCCGCAAGAAUUCCUGUACAGACUCUCUUGGGGCCCCUGUGAAAACCAGAAAGAAUUCGUCCUCUGAUGGGCUAAGCAGAGGUUUAAAGGAUAGUCGUUUAUCCAAAGACAAUUUACAAGGCCUGUUACCUGGCAAAGGCAGAAAAAAUUCGAAGGAUGAAGCUGGGUUAUUUCGGGCCCCCAAGGGCCAUAGCACUUACAUCAACCGUCUCAUUAAGAUAGACCCAAACCUUCAGGAGAAAAAUAAUUUUCAAGAAACAGAAGAACAACCUAAGCAAGGGCAGGACCAGGAACGUGGUACCAAAGAAGAUAUGCAGAUAAUAAUUUUAGAAGACUAUGCAGACCCUUAUGAUGCCAAACGCACCAAAGAACAGAGGGAUGCUGAGCGCGUUGGUGAGAAUGACGGUUACAUGGAACCAUACGAUGCUCAACAGAUGAUUACAGAAAUCCGACGCAGAGGCUCAAAAGACAACCUUAUUACGGAAAUUCUGAUGCUUGAGCUGGGGUCCCCUUGUGGAAUAAAGGUCGAGGUGAAGAGACAGGGCUCCCAGGAGUUGCUGGGGAAGCCACCUCAGCUGUACGAUACCCCAUAUGAACCUCCAGAGACAGGAGAAGAGGUUGAGUCGCAAGAGAAGAAACAGCGGCAGACAGAUGGUACAAGGCCAGAAAAUGACGAGAGGCCAGCAGGGGAGUAUGAACAGCCAUGGGAGUGGAAAAAGGAGCAUAUUGUUAGAGCACUGUCAGUUCAGUUUGAAAGUACUGAGCGAUCACCAGCUAAGGAGGAACCAGUCAAGUUGCACCAACGUCAGAAAAGCUGGACACAAAAGAUCCUAAAACAAACUGAGCAGAUUGAGAAGGUGGAUCCCUGCGUGCCACUAGAGAAACAGAGUUGGUAUCACGGGGCCGUUACGCGUGCUGAGGCAGAGAGUCGCUUGCUGUCUUGCAGAGAGGCCAGUUAUCUUCUUCGGAACAGCGAAUCUGGUAACAGCAAGUACUCCAUCGCCCUGAAGACCAGCCAGGGCUGUGUGCACAUCAUUGUGGCCCAAACCAAGGACAACAAAUUUACUCUGAACCAAACAAGUGCCGUUUUUAGCAGCAUUCCAGAGGUCAUCCACUACUACUCCACUCAAAAACUACCCUUCAAAGGAGCAGAACACAUGAGUCUUCUAUACCCAGUGCACAGCAAGUAGCAUGAAGACCCACAAUGCACAGCAUGGACUCGUAUUUUCUAUCUCAAUAUUUUUGGGUGACAGACACUUUAAUCUGUACCAAACAGCACAGAAAAGCAACAAAGAUUGUUGUUGUUGUUUUGUUAUUUUCUUUUUAAUAUAUAUUUGGAAGCAGUAUAUCUUGAAUUAAACUGUUCGAAUUUAAAGGGACCUAAUUAAAAGAGUGUAUAAUCUUUAUAUGAUAA